AUGCAAGAUCGAUUCGUCCCUACUUUGUUGCACAUUUUGUUGGGCACGUUCAGGCGAUGCGGAGUUAGGUCCAGAGAUGGUGCGCGAUCAGACGGGGGAGCCUGGAGUGGCCGAAGAGGCUGGAGUGGCAGGGGAGCGUGGAGUGUCGGGGGGGGGGCUACAGUGGCAGGGGAGCCUGGAGUGUCGGGGGAGCCUGGAGUGUCAGGGGAGCCUGCAGUGGCGGGGGAGCCUGCAGUGGCGGGGGAGCUUGCAGUGGCGGGGGAGCCUGCAGUGGCGGGGGAGCCUGCAGUGGCGGGGGAGCCUGCAGUGGCGGGGGAGCCUGCAGUGGCUGGGGAGCCUGGAGUGCUGGGGGAGCCUGCAGUGGCAGGGGAGCCUGCAGUGGUAGGGAAGCCUGCAGUGGCGAUGGAGCCUGUAGUGGCUGGAUGUAGCAGUGAGGACACAGAUGGUGACAAGGCGGAUGUGUCAGGAGCAUUCCUUGGCAGUGAGGAGGCUCGGGUGGCGUUGAGUGUGCUUCAUUGGAACCACGCGGUGGAGAGGGUUGUCAGGGAGUGGAGAACACGCGUACGCAAGGUAACACGAGUGUGGCAUGGGAUGAAAGAUAGGGUGUUUGGUCCAAUGGAUUGGCGUUGGGUGGAUGAGGUAUUGGAGCGAUGGUCUAAACUAAGAGCGUGUGGGGGCAAAGCAGGGGGCAUUGGAGCCGAGGAGCUAGAGGGAGAGGCACGGGUUGGGGAAGUGAAUGUGGGGAAGGAGGUGGAGGAGGAGGCGGAGGGGGACGGAGCGGACGUGGUAGGAUUCGAGGUGGUUCCCGAGGAGAUAGAGGAGGUUGCGUGUCACAAUCUCAUCUUACCCCCCUCUGCCAUCUCCUCUCAUCCCCCCUUGCCAUCACCAUUCAUCUCCCACUGCCAUCACCUUCCAUCUCCCAAUGCCAUCACCUCGCAUCCCCCUUUGCCAUCACUCAUCUCCCCUUCCCAUCACCUCCCAUAUCCUCUCUUCCCCCCCUGCCAUCACCAUUGUUAG